AUGGCUAGCGAACAGGCGUCGCAAGAGAGGCGCCAGGCGGCCGCGGCCGCGCGCGCGCAUCCCGCCAGCCCCCUGCAGGACGACCCCGCCCAGUUUGAGAUUCGAGAGCAGGGGCUCUGCUGGGAGCUGAGGGGCGAACGCGCGCCUGCGCGCGCGUCAGGAGAGCGUCAGCAGGACGAGGACGACGCGCGCGCGCGCUUUCUGGAGCACCGGGCGCGCGCGCGGCGCGAGGGGCGCGCCGCGGCAGCCCCAGAGCCCCGGUCCCCGCGGAAGGGGGAGCCGAGUCUCUCUGAGGAGCUGCACAGAGAGUUUGAAAGGCGCGGAGAGGACAGCGUCACAAUUGGAGAGGCGCUCGAGGCGGCGGGCCGCGCGCGCGCGGACAAGCCAGUCGACCCGGGGGACGCGAGCGCCAUCCAGAGCGCAGUGACGAGGGCGACCGCCGGCGUUCCGAUCAGCAACGAUCUGGUCGCCGAAGCGGAGAGGGCAGCGGACGAGAACGAGCGGAAAAAGCUAGGCAAGGUGGACGGAACCGUGGCUUACGAAGGGAAUCCCCACACGCUGGGCGACAUCCUGAGGAACGCGACGCGGCGGCUGCCGAUGGACAAGCCCGCGACGACCGACGACGCGCGGCGCGUGCAGAGCGCGGAGGAGCGCAACGACCCCGACCACGUGACGCUCGCGCGCGGCGUGAGCGCGCACGUGCAGGAGGCCGCGACGUUCAACGAGCGCGCGCAGCGCGUCGCCGCGGACGAGCCGCGGUACCCGCGCGGUUACAAACCGGGCUUGGAAGACCCCGUUCUGAUCGGAGAAGCUCUCGAGCUGGCGGGCCACGAGCGCGCGGAGAAGCCCAUCGGCCCAGGGGACGCGCGCGCAGUCCAGGCGGCGGUCACGCGCGCGACGGGCUACCGCACCGGCGGCCCUCUCGUCUUGAAGAAACAGCUGCUGACAGACAUCACGUUAUCUUUCCCAAAGCGACUAACGACGUCAGACGCGCGCAACCGGCGACCCCUUUGGCGCGGAGUCGCAACCGCGGCCGCGGUCACGCGCGCGACGGGCGACCGCACGGGCGGCUCUCUCGGCGCGGAGGCGCAGCUGCUGGCGGCGCUGAACCUCCGGGACGAGCGGAAGGGCGCCCAAAAGGAAGCGAGGAAGAGGUCUCAGGAGAAGAUCUUGGGGCCGCUCGGAGCCCUGCCCGCCCGGGGGAAUGAACCGGGGCCGUCCGAGGGGGGCGGGACCCCCGUGGAGGCGCACACGCUGGGACCGCUGUUACAGCAUGCGGCUGAGGCGCUGUCUGCGGACAAGGCCGUGACGCACGAGGACGCCCGCAAGGUGACCAAAGCAGAGGCGCGCGGCGACCCCGAGCACCACAACGAGCGGAGGGGGGUCGCUGCACAAAUGCAGGCGGCUGCGCAACUGAAUGAGCCGCAGUAG